AUGGGCUCUCCACAAGACAGAGGGAGGCACCUAGUGCAGAGCCAUGCCAGGGAGGGUGAUGUACCCGGCACAGUAGACCUUAGCACCAAAGAGGGCGACGACACCGGCUACGGUCAGGCUCUGUAUCCGGUUCCUGCAGAAGACCCGAACGACCCGUUACAAGUUCGUGUUCCAACCGUUGACACGGACAAACAAAGCCUACGGCGCGUUGACAUUCCUCCACACAGUGGUUCCCCGAAUGCCUGCGGACCAACGGACGGCAUUAACCAAAAGGCAGGUUCCCUUCUCCUGGUCCCUGCGUAUCACAAGUUUGGUCGCCGACCAGUGAUGCUGGGUUCGUUGAUUGGUUACUGCGCCGGCCUUAUUGCCUGCUCGCAGGUAACAACAUACGAAGGGCUGAUGGCGGCGCGUAUCAUCCACUGCUUUGCCUCGUCCGUGUGCGAGGCGCUUCCUGUACAACUGGUCAACGACAUCUUCUUCCUGCACGAGCGGGGAAAGCGCCUGGGCUACUACACUGUCUGCCUGUGCUUUGGUUCGACUGGCCCACUCUACGCUGGAUACAUGCUCGCCGGCGGCUACUCCUGGCGCCUAUUCUUCUACGUCGAGUUUGCGUUUGGCUGCGCCCUUCUCAUCCUCGCCUUCUUCGUCGUCGAAGAGUCACUGUACCACCGCAACAAACCAGAGACUGAGACGCCCCUUGAAUCCUCCCGCUCCCAAACCGAAGACAAACACUCCACCUCCAACGCCAUCAUGGUUGAAGACACAACACCCGCAAUAGCCAUCCCUCCCCGCAAAACCUUCCUCCAGACCCUCAAAUUCUGGGGCGUCUACGACAAGCAGACCGAAUUCUUCCUCAUGAUCGCCCGCUCCUUCACCUACUUCCUCGUCCCCCACGUCCUCUGGGUGAUAACCACCUACGGUGAGCCCCCAUCUCCAACCCCCCUUUCCCCCCUUUUAUUUACCCUCCCCACUAACCCCCCGCCCCCACCCCCAGGAAUCUACAUCGGCCUCGGCGCCCUCAGCUUCAACUACACGUUCCCACUCAAAAUCACCUCCCCCCCCUACAACUGGACCCAAACCUCCUCGGGCCUCAUCGCGGUGGCCUCCCUGCUCGGCUACGUGCUGGCGCUCCCCUUCACGGCGUCGUCGGACCGGCUGGCCGCGCGCCUGACGCGCCACAACGGCGGGGUGCGCGAGGCCGAGAUGCGGCUGGGCGUCAUGCUGCCCGUGGUGCUGCUGGCGCCGGCGGGGCUGGUGGUGUACGGGUUCGCGGCGGAGCGCGACCUGCACUGGGUGGCGUAUUUUGUGGGCGUGGCGAUGAAUAACUUUGCGAGUUAUUUCUUUUUUACGUUUACGUUGGCGUAUGCGAUUGAUAGUUAUACGGCGAAUUAUGGGUAUGCGGUGAUGAUUGCGGGGGUGUUUGGGGCGGUGGUGUUGGUGAAUAAUCUGGCGUUGGUGGUGUUUAUGCUGUGGGGGAAGAGGAUCCGGCGGUUUAUGGCUACGACGUGGCUGGCGAGGGUGCACCGGGCGAGUGUCAAGGAGGUUGCUACGCAUUAA